AUGUCGCCGGACUCGGGCAACAUUCGAGUGUUCGUUCGCUUCGACGAUGACGGGACCAACCUCUUCUCCGGCGAGGAAUUGAAGUGCACCGUCGUCUUCAAGAACGUAGCCCAAGCCGCGCCCACCAGCGCCGGCUCCGCCAGUUCGAACCAUCAUCAAUUGAGGCCUCCUCCCUCCCAGUCUCGAGCCGCCAUCCACCAUGCAUCCAGCCGCCUGGCCCCGCCCCCGUCCACGUCCACUUCCGGGCCCCGUCGAGGGCAUCGCCCCAGCUCCUCCAUGAGCGCCCCCGUCACAAAGUCCUCGCGCAGCCGUGCAGGCUCCAUCCAAUGGCCGCCUCCAUCCCAGUCUCCAGAAACACAAUCGAGUAACGGCCAUGGCCAUGGCCAGGGUCAUAGUCAUAGGCGAUCUGUGUCAAUCGUUUCCAUCGGGUCCGUCAACUCAGUCGACAGUCAUGCGACGAGCAACGCCGGCUCAACUUCCUCCCGGCCAAGCCGUGGCCAUGGCCGGUCCGCGAGUCUCCAAAUAGUUUCUCGCGGCUCGGUCAUGUCCGGCCCAAGAUCUGCUUCACACCCCCAGCGACCUUUCAAUACCCCGACCUCACCUCUGUACAAUGCGUCAUAUCCACCGGAUCGAGGCUCUCCCUUCCAUCGGCCCUCAGGGGCAUCCACCGUACCAAACACUCCUGGCAUCGGUUCCCUGAGUUCUCCAAAAACGCCUUCAGCCGCCUUGUCAGAGUUCAGAUUCCCGAUGGGCCCCUCGCCCCUGGCGGAUCUGCCCGUUGGUCCUAUCAAGACUGCACCUGAGACUAGUUCGAAGGCCUCUGCCACGCCUCUUGGCGAGCCCGCGAAUAUACCGAUGCGCCCGAAAGACCCAAUACCGAUAAUCAAUGAGCAAAUCACCACCCCUGCUGCUAGAGUCUUGUCAACGAGCAGUAUAACUGGCACGCCAAGGAGCAGUGGAGAGUUCUAUUCCAUGAGCAACAACUCUACAGAGACUCUGGCCUCCGAAUAUGUAUUACACCAGCCCUUGAGAACCCAUGGGCGGCCACCGCACCUGCGUCAAAAGUCGACUUUCUCCCCUCAGAAGGCCAAACGACCCGAAGCUCUAAUGAUGGGAUAUGCUCAGAUUCAGGGUUCUUUUACACUAGAUGGCUCCUUGGUCAGUCUCGCGCCAUUCGAGCAGGUCAAGCGGAAGGCAGUGGUAGGAGGGCAGGGAGGUGGUGUUGUUGGCAUAGAAACCUCCAAAAGGGAGAACGGAUUCAUGCGUAGCUUUGGCUGGGGCAGCUUUACCAACUCGUUGGGAGAGCUAUUGGGCGCCGGCGAGCUGAGCAGCAUCAAGGAGAUGCGCGGGAUUGCCAGCUCCAAAUCUGUGCCUUUACUAUCUACGCCGCAGUCCAUAUUGUUUGUGGAUUUACAAUUGGCUCCUGGGGAAAGCAAGGCUUUCGAAUAUUCCUUUCGAUUGCCUAAGGGCCUACCUCCAACACACAAAGGGAAAGCCAUGAAGACAUCAUACAGUCUCGUCAUAGGAACACAACGCCCCGGCGGCACCAAAGAGCAGCAAGUCAAGUCGGUCGAGAUACCCUUCCGUGUGCUGGGAAGUGUCAACAAUCAUGGCGAGAUCCUUGGGCACGACCUCAUGUCUCCAUAUAUCAUGUUGCGAGACCAGGCUCGAAUCCGAACUCUCAAUAUCGGGGACGGCCUAUACAUCGACAGGAGAUCUAGCGUGACAGAGGCGCGGGACAAGACCGGCAAAGAGACAAACCCGGAAUCCACGAUGAACGGAUUCCUAAACUACGUCGACGAGCUAGUGAACAGCUCUCGUCAUGGCUCAGGUGCAGGUUUAUUGUCGCCCACUGCUGUCACGGGGUCCAGACGGCCAUCGCUUCAUGAAGAGGUAAACAGCGCCAAGGACGCCAUUGACCUAGCCAUCAUAAGGAGUAAUCUCACAGCCGAAGGCCAGCAAAGCACCAACCGCUUUGAAAUAGCUCGCAACGGCCGUAAAGUCGGCGUCGUCAUGCUUGCGCGGCCAGCAUACCGCCUGGGCGAAGUGGUGACUAUGGCAGUCGACUUCUCGGGCGCAGAGGUGCCUUGCUACGCAGUCCACGCAGCGCUCGAAACGUCUGAAAGGGUGGACCCUAGUCUGGCCAUGCGCUCUGAGGCAAGCAUCCAUCGCGCCUCAAGAAAGGUACAUGUUUCCACAUCCGAGGCGACGCUUUUCUCCCGGCGGAUGGUGUUUAAUCCCACAAUACCAAUUACCGCGACGCCGGAAUUUGUCACAAGCGGCAUCAGCCUGGAAUGGAAGAUCAGACUGGAGUUCGUUGUACCGUCUCAGGAUGUGGAACCGCAACCGGUAGAGGAUCAAACUCAGGAAGACUCCGACCAGGAAGGUGAAGAAGGGCAGGAAAGACGGCUCAUGCCUGCGGAGAAGUCCAAACCACACCAGCAAGGGCCUCACCCGCUCUUGGAGGAGAUAUCUCGCGAUGACCGCGGCGGCCUCAUCCUAGUAGCGGCGGAGAACCUCGCCUGUGAGAGCUUCGAGGUUGCCGUGCCGCUCAAGGUGUACGGUGCUGUGUGCAAGGGGCUGGAAAGGCUGGAGAGGGAUGAGGCUCUAGAGGAAGGGCUUGUAGUAUAG